AUGGCGAUGCCAGACCAGUUUGAUCAGACGGUGGUGCUUAACCAGCUGCGCUAUUCUGGGAUGUUGGAAACAGUCAGGAUUCGGAGGGCUGGCUUCCCGGUCCGGAGGCCCUUUCAAGACUUUUACAAAAGGUAUAAAGUCCUUAUGAGAAACUUAACUCUGCCUGAAGAUCUAAAUGAGAAAUGUGCCGUCCUACUUCAUCUGUAUGACAACACAAGCACUGAAUGGCAGCUUGGAAAAAAUAAGGUGUUUCUCCGGGAGUCCUUGGAACACAAGUUGGAGAAACAGCGAGAGGUGGAAGUCACCAAAGCAGCAAUGAUUAUCCGAGCGCACAUCUUAGGUUAUGCAGCCCGAAAGCAGUAUAGAAAGAUUCUGUACUAUGUGGUUGUGAUACAGAAGAACUACAGAGCAUUCUGUGGUAGAAAAAAGUUCCUGUGCCUGAAGAAAGCAGCCAUAAUCCUUCAGAAGCAGCGGCGAGGCCAGCUUGCUCGACGUGUUUACAGGGAGCUACUAGAGGAGAAGCGGAGACAGGAGGAGGAAAGAAGAAAAGAGGAGGAAGAAAGAAAUAAAUAAAUUUUAAAGAGGAAUCUUGCACUGGGGGGCAUAUUUUAUUUUAUAUUUAUUUUAUUUUGAAUGCAGGCUGAAGAAGAAAGAAAGAAGCAGGAACUGGCUGCCAUUCAGAAAGCCCAGAAGGAGGCAGAGCUGAAGCAGGAGGUGGAGAAGCAGAAAGAAAGCAGGCAGGUGGAAGAAAUCCUGCGUCUGGAAAAAGAAAUUGAAGACCUGCAGCGCGUGAAGAAGCAGCAGGAGCUGUCCUUGACAGAAGCUUCAUUAAAGAGGCUGGACGAGGAACUCCGGCGGCUCGAGGACGAAGCAUGUCGAGCAGCCCAGGAGUUCCUGGAAUCUCUGAACUUUGAUGAGAUUGAUGAAUGUGUCCGAAACAUAGAGCGGUCUCUCUCUGUGGGCAAUGGGUAUCCUGCUGAGCUGACUGAACAGACUGGAAAUGCCUGCAGUGAAAAGCCCAAUUUUAACUUCAGCCAGCCAUAUCCUGAGGAGGAAGUAGAUGAGGGCUUUGAAGCUGAUGAUGAUGCAUUUAAGGAUUCACCCAACCCAAGUGAGCAUGGCCAUUCUGAUCAAAGGACCAGUGGCAUCAGAACAAGCGAUGAUUCCUCAGAAGAGGAUCCCUAUAUGAAUGAUACUGUGGUGCCAACAAUUCCUGAUGCUAGCAACUCCUGCUGCAGCAACACCAUGCUUAUACCUCCUACCCAUGAUACAGUCAGUCUCCACAACUCUUCAAGUGGUGAAUCCACAUACUGCAUGCCAGAAAAUGUGUCGUGUAGACCUCCAAAUUCUGUGGAACUUAUUUCUCCCGAUGGAGACUAUGAUUACGACCAAGACGAUUAUGAAGACGGUGCUAUUACUUCUGGUAGCAGCGUGACCUUCUCUAAUUCGCACAGUAGCCAGUGGUCGCCGGACUACCGAUGCUCAGUAGGGACAUACAAUAGCUCUGGAGCAUACCGAUUUAGCUCUGAAGGAGCUCAGUCUUCUUUUGAAGACAGUGAAGAAGAUUUUGACUCCAGGUUUGAUACAGAUGAUGAGCUUUCCUACCGGAGGGAUUCAGUCUAUAGCUGUGUCAGCCUGCCCUACUUUCACAGCUUUCUGUACAUGAAAGGUGGCUUAAUAAACACAUGGAAGCGACGCUGGUGUGUCCUGAAAGAUGAGACCUUCCUGUGGUUUCGUUCCAAGCAGGAAGCACUUAAGCAGGGUUGGCUUCACAAAAAGGGGGGUGGAUCAUCUACGCUUUCCCGAAGGAACUGGAAGAAACGAUGGUUUGUUCUCAGACAGUCCAGGUUGAUGUACUUUGAAAAUGACAGUGAAGAAAAGCUAAAGGGUGCCAUUGAUGUCCGAACAGCCAAAGAGAUUGUUGAUAAUACAGGCAAAGAAAAUGGUAUUGAUCUAAUAAUGGGUGAUAGGACCUACCACUUAAUUGCUGAGUCUCCUGAGGAUGCAAGCCAGUGGUUUAGUGUACUGAGUCAAGUCCAUGCAUCCACAGAGCAAGAGAUCCGAGAGAUGCAUGAUGAGCAGGCAAAUCCACAGAAUGCUGUGGGUACGCUCGAUGUGGGACUAAUUGAUUCUGUCUGUGCAGCUGACAAUCCAGACAGACCCAAUUCAUUUGUGAUCAUCACUGCUAAUCGUGUUCUUCACUGUAAUGCUGACACUCCUGAAGAGAUGCAUCACUGGAUAACCCUUCUCCAAAGGUCGAAGGGGGACACUAGAGUGGAAGGACAAGAAUUCAUUGUGAGGGGAUGGCUACACAAGGAAGUAAAGAACAACCCAAAGAUGUCUUCACUGAAACUAAAGAAGCGUUGGUUUGUUUUGACGCACAAUUCUUUGGACUACUACAAGAGUUCGGAGAAAAAUGCUUUGAAAUUGGGUACACUGGUCCUGAACAGCCUCUGCUCGGUGGUCCCACCCGAUGAAAAAAUCUUCAAAGAGACAGGUUAUUGGAAUGUAACUGUAUAUGGACGCAAACAUUGUUACCGUCUCUAUACAAAAUUGCUUAAUGAGGCGACCCGCUGGUCAAGUGCCAUCCAGAAUGUGAUUGACACAAAAGCACCAAUUGAUACUCCAACUCAGCAACUUAUUCAGGAUAUUAAGGAAAACUGCCUGAAUGCUGAUGUGGUUGAACAGAUUUAUAAGAGAAACCCCAUUCUCCGUUACACUCAUCAUCCGUUGCACUCGCCAUUACUGCCACUGCCGUAUGGGGACAUCAAUCUAAACUUGCUGCAAGACAAAGGCUACACAACUCUGCAGGAUGAAGCCAUCAAGAUAUUUAACUCUUUACAGCAGCUGGAGUCUAUGUCUGAUCCCAUCCCUAUAAUCCAAGGUAUCCUCCAAACAGGACACGAUUUACGACCUCUUCGAGAUGAGCUCUACUGUCAGCUCAUCAAGCAGACCAAUAAAGUGCCUAACCCUGGGAGCGUGGGGAACCUGUACAGUUGGCAAAUACUCACCUGCAUGAGUUGCACAUUUCUGCCAAGUCGCAGCAUCCUCAAAUAUCUUAAGUUCCAUCUGAAAAGGAUUCGUGACCAGUUCCCAGGAACUGAAAUGGAGAAAUAUGCACUUUUUACUUAUGAAUCCCUGAAGAAAACCAAAUGCAGAGAGUUUGUGCCAUCGCGGGAUGAAAUAGAAGCUCUGAUCAGCAGGCAGGAAAUGACAUCCACGGUUUAUUGCCAUGGUGGGGGCUCCUGUAAGAUUACAAUCAACUCGCACACUACAGCUGGAGAGGUGGUGGAAAAGUUAAUUCGUGGCUUGGCCAUGGAGGAUAGCAGAAAUAUGUUUGCUUUGUUUGAAUACAAUGGAACUACUGAUAAAGCAAUUGAAAGCAGAACCAUUGUGGCUGAUGUCUUGGCAAAGUUUGAAAAGCUUGCUGCCACUGCUGAAGCUGGAGAGAUGCACUGGAAGUUCUACUUCAAGCUCUACUGCUUCUUGGACACAGAAAACGUCCCAAAAGAUAGUGUGGAAUUUGCCUUUAUGUUUGAGCAGGCUCAUGAAGCUGUGAUUAGAGGACAUUAUCCCGCUCCUGAAGAAACCCUCCAGGUCCUUGCAGCUUUGCGUCUCCAGUACCUUCAGGGAGAUUACACUCUGCAUACCACCGUACCAGAAAUGGAGGAAGUCUAUCCCUUGCAAAAGCUGAAGUCUCGGAUUACACAGUCUACCAAAACAUUUACUGCAGCAGAGAAGGCUGAGAAGAAACGAGCCAGCUUUCUUGAAGGAACAUUGCGGAGGAGUUUUCGCAGUGGCUCUGUCAGCAAACAGAAGGUUGAGGAGGAUCAGAUGUUAGACAUGUGGGUCAAAGAGGAAAUCUCAGCUUCCAGGACUAGUAUUAUUGACAAAUGGAAAAAACUCCAGAGGAUGAACCAGGAGCAGGCUAUGGCCAAGUAUAUGGCUUUGAUUAAGGAAUGGCCUGGCUAUGGCUCAACACUAUUUGAUGUAGAGUGUAAAGAAGGGGGAUUCCCACAAGAGUUGUGGCUUGGAGUCAGCGCUGAUGCAGUUUCUGUCUACAAGCGUGGGGAAGGCAGGCCUCUGGAGGUGUUUCAGUAUGAACACAUCUUGUCAUUUGGUGCACCGCUUGCCAACACCUACAAGAUUGUGGUGGAUGAGAGAGAACUGCUUUUUGAAACUAGUGAGGUGGUUGACAUUGCAAAGCUGAUGAAAGCUUACAUCAGUAUGAUUGUGAAAAAACGCUACAGCACCUCUCGAUCAGUGAGUAGUCAUGGAAGUCAGGGCAGCUCCAGGUGAAAACAAAACCAGUUCUACUGUGCUCUAAAUAGAACGUAUCGCUGCUUGGCCUCAAAAUGACCUGAUGAUACCGAUCCCAUCUGUUGACAAGCUACAAAGAACCAGAGUUUCCACGGAAAAUAUCUUCAAGCAUUCUUUUAGAAAGACCACAGGGUGGGGAGGGGAAAAUCAGCUGAAAUAGUCACAUACUAGAACUGCUGGCUCGUUCAAAACUUUCCAAAGCAUUAUUAUCUUCAGUUGAUGUAACAAAUGCCUUAAGACUUGAUCCACUGCAAUACAAGCAGUAAUAAGUGCCUUACAAUAUUAAACCCAAUUUGUAUCGACCUAAAAUUGCUGAUAAAAGUCAAGAGGAUUUUUUUGUCCUUCCAGAACACUGAAAACAAAGUUAUAUUCAUCAAUUCUGCACUAAUCUACUGGCCUGUAUACAUGUGGGAAG